CGCAGCAACGCAAAAGAAGACGCGUAGCACGCGCUUCCUAAUAGACGCCUGCUGCAAACUCUCGCUCGCGCUCUACUGACGCCUGCAUGCCGACAAAACCUACGGACAGUUUUAAUCGCGUGAAGCGAACGUCGGCAAAAUUUCGUUAGGAUCUGUAGGCUGUAAAAACAGCGAAAAGCAAACAAGGGCUUUGCCUAGUUUUUCGGCGAACUGCAUGUCACGGUGUUUGGAUUCUCAUUUCAGGCGAGGAUCCUGAAAACGAUGGAUGACAACAAGCGUCUCGCGCAGCGCGUCGACGGGACGACUCCGUGCGCGAGUCGGGAACUGCCGAACCUGCGCGCGGAGCAUGGCGAGCUGAGCGAGGCGGCAGCACGGGACGCCGGCACGGUGGAGCGGCGUCCACGCCACGGCCGCCACGAUUCCCUCAGGCAGAGAGGCCCUGAGGUCAGCAGCUUGGCAGACCUCAGCACCCAAGACACAUCCCUGGAUAAAGCACUGCUGCGUGAGGAGGUGCUGGCUCUCCAGGAGGAGGUGUUUGAGCUGAAGCGGAUGAAGGAGAUGCUGAACAAGGAGCUGGAGGAGAGUGGAGGAAGCUGCUCCGCCGAGCUCCUGUCUGCCGCCGAGCUCAGAAUGCAACUCUCCCAGAGGGAGCAGGAGCUGCACCGUGCCAACGAGGCCCUGCAGGCAAUGAAGGGGGACCGGAAGCGGUUGAAGAUUGAGAAAGCUGAGCUGGUGAAUCAGAUGCAGCAGUUGUACGCCACGCUGGAGAGCCGGGAGGACCAGCUUCGAGACUUCAUCCGCAACUACGAACAGCACCGCAAAGAGAGUGAGGAUGCAGUGAAAGUCUUGGCUAAAGAAAAAGACCUACUGGAGAGAGAGAAGUGGGACCUCCGGCGUCAGACUAAAGAGGCCACAGAACUGGCUACUGCACUGCGCUGUGCCCAGGACCUGAAGGAGAACAGGAUCAAAGAACUGGAAGCAGAACUGACUAUGAUGAGUAACUAUGUGGCCCAGAAACUCGAGUGUCAGCUGUUUGUUCGAGCUCCAGAAAAGCCAGUCUCCCCCAGAAACAUGUCGGCUAAGCAGUCUUUGGCUACACUCACUAAGGACGUUCCUAAGCGCCACUCUCUGGCCAUGCCCACUGAGACCGUCGUCAAUGGCAACCAGGAGUGGGUGAUGCAUGCAGAGCUGCCUCUUACUGCAGCCAUACGGCAGAGUCAACACAGCCUGUACCACACACUCGACAGACAGGUGUUAAAGGCCAUGCCUCCAUGUAUGUGUGACGUUGACGGAGUGUGUGUGGCACACGCAUCAGGUAGCCUCCGCCUCAGUCCCUGUCACUCGCGGCAACCGUCGCUACUGUCGGAUGCCUCGGCGCUGGAGGGAGAGCGAUCAUCCACGCCAUCAGAACUCAACUCACCCCGGCACAGAACACAUUCACUCUGCAACUCUUUGGAGGACCUGGAAGACCAGAAGAGACGGAAGAAAAAAGAGAAGAUGGGUCUGGGCUCCCUGUCGCGCGUCUUCGCCCGGGGCAAGCAGAGGAAGUCCCUCGAGCCCGGCCUCUUCGACGGUACCAGCACUCCCGACUACUACAUAGAGGAGGACGCGGACUGGUGAUCCAGCCACGAAGCCUCUCUGACCCCUGUGUGUGCGCGCGCGUGCGAGCGAGUGUGUGUAUGUGUAUCAGGUCGAUGCUCAGGAGUGUGUGUUUCGCGCUUUGCGUUGCUCCCGAGGAUAAAAGCACAAGCUGACUGAUGCCGGAGGAGUGGUGCGCUGCAGGGGUCAGCCACAGCACGGCCGCACUACUGUGCUUCUCCCAAACCUUCCUCCCCUUUGCAUCGACCCUAACUGCACUUCAUCCACAAACUUGAAGGACUGCCGGAUUUGUAAAUAACAAAUGCAUUGUGGUACAACCUGUGUUCGUAAAUGUCCAUUGUCCUAGAUGCCUUUCAUUUAAUUUAACCUUGUGUGUUGUGUCCUGUGUGGGUCGCUGGCUGAGUGAUGGGCCAUUAAGCCAGAGUUUUCCCGCUGGGGGGGAAGGCGGUGCUCAGAGUGUCAGAGGCCACACAUUGAAUGAUGAGGUUUAGAUCAUGCACAGACUGUCUGCUCUGAGCCUCUGUAACGCACAUGAGCACCCAGAUCUGGGUCUCAGUAGAACACGCACUGAGCACCGAACUUCUUUAAAUAUUACAGAGCUCUUUCUAAAUUAUAGAAAAGACAGUGUUUGCUAAAGAAAUGGAAAUGAUCAGCCUGCCAUUCCUACAGGAGCACUCUAAUCACUUAAAACACUCACAUUGGACAGAAGUUUCCCUUAAAUGCUGAUCCCGAGUCAGUUUUGUCUGCCCACAUUACCCUGAGGUCCUUUCUACACAAAUGCAGAUCUGGUCACAGAUCAGUGACUAAGGGAAGCUUGCACUUCCUCUGAAAACAUAGAAUGGUCUGUCAUGGAAGCAUAGGUAUCCUUGCUUUUCAAUUUCCCAGUAUCCCAGAGUUUGUGACCACAAUCUCAUUUUUGUCUUUUUAUCAGAAGUUAUUUUUUAAGUUUUAUUUUUCAAGACUUGAUGUUGUGUAAAUGUGGCUAUAGUACUGAAUUAUCCCUCCACAGAGGAGUAAAGUAGUUAUAAUUUUAAAUAGAAAAGAAAAUCCUACGUGGCUGUCUGGGACUAUCUGGAAUUUAGAGAUCAGAAAAGCAUGGAAACAAACAUUUAACCAAGAAUAAAAUAUUUUAAAAUAAAACCAGAGCGGCUAGUGGCAGAGGCGCCAAGUGCUUGCACGUGUGCUUCAGUGCGAGGUUCUGUAUCUUCCCAAGCUGCAUCUUGCACAUUUGUCUCCUUUUAAGGGUGAAAAUUAGAUGCUCACAGUCAACUCUCUAACUAACAGAUAACUCGCCCUCCUAAACACAUCUAAUACUCUCACACUGACAUAGGUGUGUGUGCGUGUGCGUACGUGCAAGGCUUUGUGUGGUACCCAACAACCUUGGAAGCCAGAAUGCUUGGAAACGGUGCAGAUUAGCUGACUGAACACACAGAUGUAUUAUAUGAUCUGGUAGUAUGAUGAUAGAACACCCACAUUAUAGUCCCAAUUCUAGCUGCUAAGGUACCACAAAUAUCAGUUCUAUAGUAAUUGUGUGUAGUGAUACAAAUGAAGCAAAACCUACCUCUCCUUCAGGAUGACCUGCUGUGGAUUACUGUUUAUGGUACACUUGUAUAUGUUUUAGAAUAAAAGAUGAGGAAGGAAGCAUUACUCUUCCCUGCACAUACAUUAGAAUAUCUCUGUUAGGCCGUAUCACCUCACCGUAGAACUCUAGGAGUGACGCGUGCUGCCAUCUUCUGGCAGCUUUGUGUAAGUUGAAUCUCAGAAACCAUUUUGGGUACACUUUCUCACCUUGUGUUAAAUGUCAUCUUAACCAUAAAUUGAAACCAGCUCUGCAGUCUUGUCAUCUUGAUCUCUGCUACAGUACUUCUGAGACUCACCCAGAGAAUGUUUCACCUCCAUUGUUCUCCUGACUUCUGAUCUGAUGACCUGUGUUUUACUGGCUAUGUGCUUGUUAGUGUUGUCAUAGCCUGAUAUCUUGUUAGCUCUGAAGGAUUAUCUGUUGCUCAGAAACAUCCAGUCUAAAUCUCUAGCCUUUUAUGGACUUGCAGACUCACGAUUUUUAUGAGCCCAGUACUUCAGAAAUGCGGAGUGGAUGAAGGGCUGUCUAAUUCAACAGAAACAAGAUUGGGGGAUUGUGCAGACAUUUUUAAAAUUCCAGAGAGUUGGCCUGGGAUGUAAAGUUCAGCUUUGCUUGUGAAAUUACCCUAAAUGCAUAGUGAACCAAAUGUGACAACAUAAUACAGACAAGUGGUUUGAAAAGGAAAGAAAAACAGAAAAAUGUUUCACUGUCAGUAAUAUGGAGUUAAUGUCCCAUGACCGUAUACUUGAUUUCAGGCAAUUAUUGAUUUUUUGCAUUUUAAAUUGGUUCAUUUAUCAAUUUAGUGCAAAACAAAUAAUAAAAAAUACAAAAAUAGACCCAGGACUUACUGUGAGAUAUUAUAGUUUGCAGGGCCAGACCAACACAAUUACACUUUAUCCAGCACAGAGAAAAAUCUGGUCGUCAUUUUGCUUUGAUAAGGUGCUGGGGUUUUGCUUUUUAUACACGUGCAGCCUUGCAGGUCACGUUGAGCACUUCAGUGAUGUCAGUCUGAAGUCCAGAGGUUUAGACUGGGCAAAACAGUAACUUCCUCUCCACCUUCUUUUAUCUACCUGCUGCAUCAGCUCAUUCUAAGCUCCUGUCCUGCUAAAGUAG